GGUGCGUGUGAGGAGGAGGGGAAGGGGCAGGGGUCGUGGCUGUGAACAGCCUUUAGUUUAGACAGGCCGGCCUCCGUCCUCGGAGCCGGAAAAAGCGGGUGCAGGUGGUAGCAGUGCUGGUGGUGGAGAAAGAGGAGGAAGGGGGACCAGGGGAAAGGAAAGAAAAAACAACAAUAAGAGCAAGUAAAAGACAAACAAAAAUGCCAACUGGCAAAGUUCUGCAGCCAGUGCUAAAGAUGAAAGUGGACGAGUUGUUCCUGUGCUGGUUGAGUGAGACCAACACGCAAGUGAUGCUCAAGGACUGCUUGAAAAGAAUCAAGAAUACUGAGAGGAUAGACAUUGGUAGUGGAAGUACCGGGGACAGUGAGCCUUUCUUGACCACUAAAAUCGCAAACUCCAAGCAAAACAUAUUAGAUAAUCUGAUGGCUCCCCUGGUGACACCUUCCAGUCUUUCUUGUGCGUCCACUGCACUGCCCCUGGGUACUUCAACUAGUUCCAGAAGUGGGCCACAUGUUCGGGGCACUCGUAGAUCUACAGGGACAAGAGUAGUUCAAACAAAGAAAGAGGAACCUCUACCGUCAGCAGUGAGCCAAAGCAUUCCAACAUUUUAUUUUCCUAGAGGAUGUCCAAAAGAAAAAGUGAAUAUAGAUGCUGUAAUUACCAAGAUAGAAAAAACAUUUUCUCAGUUUCCAAAUGAGAGAGCAACUUUAGAAGAUAUGGGUAAAGUUGCAAAGGCCUGUGGAUGUCCUCUCUACUGGAAAGGGCCAUUGUUUUAUGGUGCUGGGGGAGAGCGAACUGGAUAUGUGUCUGUUCAUAAGUUUAUUGCAAUGUGGAGAAAAAUCCUUCAGAAUUGCCAUGAUGAUGCUGCAAAGUUCAUUCAUCUUUUAAUGAAUCCUGGAUGCAACUAUUUGGUUCAGGAAGACUUCAUUCCAUUUUUACAAGAUAUAGUAAAUACUCAUCCUGGUUUAUCAUUUUUAAAGGAAGCAUCUGAAUUUCAUUCUCGUUAUAUUACCACAGUUAUACAGCGGAUUUUUUAUACAGUAAAUAGGUCCUGGUCUGGAAGAAUCACUUGUACUGAACUGAGAAAAAGCAGUUUUUUACAGAAUGUUGCACUAUUGGAAGAAGAAGCUGAUAUUAACCAGUUGACAGAGUACUUCUCUUAUGAACAUUUUUAUGUCAUUUAUUGUAAAUUUUGGGAACUAGACACUGACCAUGAUCUUUUUAUUGAUCCAAAGGACUUAGCCCGACAUAAUGACCAUGCUAUAUCCAGUAGGAUGAUUGAGAGAAUAUUCUCAGGAGCUGUAACAAGGGGCAGAAAAGUACAGAAAGAAGGAAAAAUAAGCUAUGCUGAUUUUGUCUGGUUUUUGAUAUCUGAAGAAGACAAAAAAACUCCAACCAGUAUUGAAUAUUGGUUCCGCUGCAUGGAUCUUGAUGGAGAUGGAGCAUUAUCAAUGUAUGAGCUGGAAUAUUUCUAUGAAGAACAGUGCCAAAAACUGGAUAAUAUGGCUAUUGAGCCUCUACCAUUUGAAGAUUGUCUUUGUCAGAUGUUAGAUCUUGUGAAACCACAACGUGAAGGAAAGAUUACUCUCCAUGAUUUAAAGAAAUGUAAAUUAGCAAAUGUUUUUUUCGAUACGUUUUUCAACAUUGAGAAAUAUCUUGACCAUGAACAGAAAGAUCAGAUUUCUGUAAUUAGGGAUGCUGAAAGUGAAGGCCAAGAACUCUCUGACUGGGAGAAAUAUGCUGCUGAAGAAUAUGAUAUUCUAGUGGCUGAAGAAGCAGCUGGUGAUCAAUGGAAUGAUGGUUAUGAAGCAGAACUGAGUCCUAUAGAUCAGAAGGCCAAUGCAUUAAAAUUUCAGUUGGAUAAAAGACCUUUCUUUGAAAUGCCUUCGCCUCUGGGUGAUGUAGAUUUGGAUGAGUAUGAAGAUGAUGUGGAGAUACUAUGAUUAUGACAACAUAGAAAAGACUGCAGCAGGUCUGCUACAACAGAAAUGAUCAGUGGCUUUGUUUCCAGACAGUAAUAGUUUUUUGUGGUACAAAAUAUUAUUUAAAUACCUUUUAAAGAAAAUGAAGUGCAUUUUUAUGGAAUGAUAAUUUUGUAUUUAUCCAGUAUUCAAGUUUGUAAAAUAGAUAUUUAUUUAUAGAUGGUGCAUAUUUCCUUAAUUGGAAUAAUUUUGUGUUCUAUAAAGCCUCUGCUAUCUUACAAGAUGAGUAUGCGCCAAUCUUUCCAGUUAAUACAUAGUACACUGACACCUUGGAGCUCAAAAGCUGUGAAAAACUACCCAUGACCCAGGAGUAAGAGGUUCCUCGUUUAGGAUUUCUAGUGCUUUUGCUCCUAAAAGAGGGAAAGAUAAAUUAACAUCUUAGUUGUAACCUCAUACACCUGGCAAAAAGAAAAAGUAUGGUGGUACAUGUCUUAUUUUAAAAUCUGUCAUUGAUAUACUUUAAUUUGAAAACUAAGCAUCCUGGCACACAACAGGAAAAAUUUAAGUUUUUAAAAACUGGUUUUCCCUGACUAUUUAUGCAGUUCCAUAAAUUGGGUUUACCUUAUUGAUGUAUAUCAUGAAAGUACUCACUUAACAUCUGAAGUUGGUUAGUAUUUAUACUCAAUAUUCUGGCUGGAUAUUUUUACUAUCUAGAGAAGGGAUUUUUUUUCCUUGGCUUUUUAAAAACAUAUUAAUGUUACUUGAUCUGUGAUGUGCACUAAUAUGUUGUGGGCAUUUAAGGCUUCUAUUUCUUCCUCUUUGAAAGGUUAGUUAUUGACACAUUCCAUAAAUAUAUGAACAAAAGUGUCACAGCAGCUUCAAAUUUGGCACCUCAUCUGCCUAUCUCUAUGGCAAGA